CAUUAUUUACAAAUACCUAUGUUGAUUAUAGAUACAGAGAAAAUCACUAUCGAGAAUAUAUCAUUCGUUUCAAAAUACUGCGUGAACUGAAGCGCGCUCGUCUCACACACGAUGACACUAUUUUCUCUUCAGGAAUCAUCUCAAAUUGUGUUUGCGCUGUCAGUCUGCCUCCCGUCGCGCGCGCCGCUAAAUAUAGCGGACAGCGCCCCGAGCGCGUGCGAGCAGUGCUCCGCCAGUGCACCGGGCGCGCCAUGGGCGACGCGGGCGACGCGGGCGAGCGAUGGCGCGGCGCGGCGGGGCACGAGGCGCGCGCCGCCGUGGUGCUGCGCUGCGUGCUGGCGCGCCUGCCGCCGCGCGAGCUGUGGCGCUGCGGCGCUGUGUGCCGCGCCUGGCGCCGCGCCGCCGCCGACGGCGCACUGUGGCGCCGCGCGCUGCGCCCGCACGCCGCUCCGCGCGCGCUGCGCGCUCUGGCGCGAGCCGUCGCCGCUACGGGCGCGCAGUGGUCGUGGCGCGCGGAGUGGGCGCGGGCGGCGGCGCGCUGGCGGCCGGGCGCGGCGCUGGCGGCGCGCGCGGCGGGCGGCGCGGCGCUGCGCUGCGCGGCGCUGAGCGCGCGCGGGGACCGCGUGGCGCUCGUCGACGAGGACGCGAUGCUCACGAUUUUCGAGCAGACGUUGGGCGGCGACGCGAGCGCGUGGCGCAUGCGCUGCGGCGGCGCGCUGAGCGGCGAGUGGCGCGAGGCGGAACACGCGCUGUGGGCGCCCGGCGGCCGCGCGCUGCUGCUGGCCGCGCGCCUGGCGCUGGCGGAGCGCCACGAGAUCCUGGUCGUCGGCUUCGACGAGCGCUGGCGGCGGCGCGUGCUGUGCCGCUGCGCGGGCGCGGUGGCGAGCUGGCUGCACGACGGCGCGUUCCUGUCGCUGCAGCUGCACGCGCUGGCGCCGGCCCGCGCCUGCACCACCGUGUGGCUCAACGCCGCGUCGCAGGAGACGCAGUCGGAGCCCCGCGGGGCUGGCGACGCCGCUGCUGCGCGUCUACAACGAGGACGCCGCGCACUUGACACACAUCAUCGUGGCAACCGUGCCCAGCGAUUCGCCACAUGCGCGCGACUUCGUCACCAUAACGACGAGGACGAGGACGAGGACGAGGACGACGCUUCGGCCGGCGACGACAC